AGUGGCCGGGGCGCGGCCUCCGCGGGGCGCGACUCCUCCGCGGCGCCUGGCGGUGCGGCCGGGCCGGGAGGCGGCCGGAUCCCGAGCCCCAGCGCGCGGAGCGAGAGCUAAUGGCGGCGCCUGCGCCCGGGGGCCCCGGGGCCGCCGCCUCGGCCGCCCUGGACGAGCUGUCCCGGAACUUCACGUACUGGGCGCUGGGCGCCGGCAACGGCUCCCUGUCGGGCGCUUGGUACCGCCGGAACCAGAUUCACCUUUUUGGAGUUUUGCUGGCCAUUUUAGGAAACUUGGUAAUCAGCAUUUCCCUAAAUAUUCAGAAAUAUUCGCAUCUUCAGCUGGCACACCAAGAACGCCCACGGCCCUACUUCAAGAGCGUGUUGUGGUGGGGCGGGGCCAUACUGAUGGCCGUGGGGGAGACAGGAAACUUUGCAGCCUACGGAUUUGCCCCCAUUACUCUCAUCGCUCCGUUAGGCUGUAUAUCUGUUACAGGUAGUGCCAUUAUUUCUGUUUUGUUUCUGAAAGAAAAUUUGAGAGCCUCAGAUUUACUAGGUAUGACAUUGGCAUUUGCAGGAACAUAUUUAUUGGUGAACUUUGCUCCAAAUAUAGCUCAGGCCAUCUCCGCAAGAACAAUACAGUAUUACUUUGUUGGCUGGCAGUUCAUGAUGUAUGUGAUUUUAGAAAUAUUAAUUUUCUGCAUUCUCCUAUAUUUCUAUAAAAGAAGAGGAAUAAAACACAUUGUGAUUCUGCUAACCCUGGUGGCACUUCUAGCCUCAUUGACUGUUAUUUCAGUAAAAGCCGUCUCAGGCAUGAUCACUUUUUCUGUGAUGGAUAAAAUGCAGCUAACUUAUCCCAUCUUCUAUAUCAUGUUUAUCAUCAUGAUAGCAUCUUGUGUUUUCCAAGUCAAGCUCCUGAAUCAAGCCACAAAACUCUACAGUACAGCGACGGUGGUGCCUGUCAACCACAUUUUCUUUACAACCAGUGCCAUUAUUGCAGGUAUUGUAUUUUAUCAGGAAUUCCUUGGUGCAGAUUUUCUCACUAUAUUUAUAUAUGUUUUUGGGUGUUUUCUGUCAUUCCUUGGUGUGGUUUUGGUCACAAGAAAUCGAGAAAAGGAACAUCUGCCACAGUCUUACAUUGAUUUUGGAAAUGUUCCUGGGAAACAAACGUUGGACAAAAUACAACCAGAUUCAAAUGGCUUAUCCUAUGGAACUUUGCCUGAUGGAAGUGACUCCACAAAGAGCCCAAGUGGAGAGAAGAAAGAGGUCUGAAAUGCUGAGAGGGAUGGCUGCUGGCCUGUUAUUUGAUACCACCUUUUAAAAAAUUGCACAUGUUCAGUUUGUGUCAGCAGCUAUUUUAUGCUGACAUGUGCUCACAUUUGUUUCAGUCCUUUACCCCACCUCCAUGUCUAUGGACAAUCAGGGCCUUCCUGAGCUUUGACAGUCUAAUGUUUUCAUGGAAUGUAAUUUGAAGUGUUCCCCACACCCUGGACCUCUCCCUAGUGAUCAUCUAACUGGCUAGAUCUUAAUUAGAGCCUGGCUGCCCAAGCAGGAAUGUCACAGAAAAAUGUGCAUUCACGAUUUGGCUGCAGAACAUAUAGGUUGCUUUUCCCAUACAGCUUGCAAGGUCAGUUGCUUUGCUUUAAAGAGACACGUUAGCCCCACAACCUUACUACUAAACAAGAGGUUUGAGAGCAUUCAUUUUUCCCGAGACAUCUUUCAUGAACCUUCCCAUAAAGAUUUCACCUUUCUAUUCCCAAAUUAAAGUGGUGAAUCAUCUUUUCUGAAAACUAGCCCUAUCAUAAAUAUUCUUUGAAAAUUAAGGGUGUCUUUAAAAUUGGAAUUUAUAUCCCAUUUGCUGAUGGGGUAUACCAAAACCAAAAGAUCUUGGCUGCUGGACUUUUUAAGCUUAAAAAAGGAAAAAUUUAAGAAUUAGUACUGAUUUUUUAAAAUAAAAAUGUAGACUCGG